AUGGCACCCAAACCAAACCUUCCUAUGUUUUUCAUCCUAUUUCAUUUGCUUAUCGUAGCAAUUAAUGGUGCCGAGACAGCCCCCGGUGGUGGCUCUGUAUUUGAUAUAACCAAGCAUGGAGCGAAGCCUAAAGCUAAUCCAACAAAGGGAUUUAUGGCUGCUUGGAAUGCGGCUUGUGCAUCGACAACUCCAAGCAAAGUGUUGGUUCCUAAAGGUACAUAUGACUUACAUGCACUUAAGCUUGAGGGUCCAUGCAAGUCGAGAGUUACUAUAGAAAUCUUGGGAAACUUCAAGGCCCCUGCAGAUCCAGCUCAAUUUAAGGGUGAAGAUACAUGGGUUAAGAUCGAACGUAUUGAUGGUUUGACUAUCACAGCUCCUAACGGUGCUGGAAUUUUUGAUGGUCAAGGACAAGUAGCCUGGAAAACAAAUGAUUGCUCCAAAACUGGAAAAUGUGAUAAACUUCCUUAUAAUUUUAGGUUCAAUUUCUUGACAAAUACAACUAUUAACGGCAUAACCUCUCUGAACAGCAAGUUAUUUCACAUGGCAAUUUUAGGGUGCAAACAACUAAAAAUGAACAGCAUUACAGCAAUAGCACCAAAAGAAAGUCUAAACACCGAUGGAAUUCACAUAGGACGUUCAGAUGGAGUGAAUAUAACAGGUGCACAUAUUAGCACAGGGGAUGACUGUGUUUCCAUUGGAGACGGUGCUAAGAACGUCCAUAUCGAGCAGAUUAUUUGUGGGCCGGGACAUGGUAUCAGUGUAGGAAGUCUAGGAAGGUACCCUAAUGAGGAACCAGUACAGGGUGUCACUGUAAAGGGUUGUGUCCUCAAAAACACAGACAAUGGUGUUAGGGUAAAGACAUGGCAUAACUCUUACACAGGAAAAGUGACUGGCCUACAUUUUGAGGACAUCAAGGUUGAAAAUGUAUUGAAUCCUAUCAUUGUUGAUCAAGAAUAUUGCCCCUACAAUCAUUGCAAACAAAAGACACCAUCCAAAGUGAAGCUUAGUGACAUCAGAUUCAAGAAUGUGAGGGGUACAUCGGCCACAAAGGAAGCUGUGAAGGUGGUUUGUAGCAGUGGUGUGCCAUGUGAUAAGAUACAGCUCACAGACAUUGACUUGAAAUACAGUGGCAAAGAUGGUCCUGCGGUCUCUAUGUGUAAAAAUGUGAAACCUAUCAUAACAGGAAAGCAAAACCCACCUGCUUGUGAUGCACCUGCUACCCUAGCAAAGAUUACUAUAAACUCCCAUUCCUAA